GAGGGCACAGAAACAGAUCAUAAUAAUCACAAGUCACAACUACUAGAUUUUCUGUGACCCAAUUGGCUCUCUACUCUGUACGGAUAACCCUAAUGAAGACAGGCUUAUCUGUUCGCUUCCUAUAUAGUAUAUCCUAAUUCAGUACAUCAAUACUGUAGGGUAUAUCCUCUGGAAUUUGGAUGCAAUUAUAUUAUCUAACAAGGAAACUAGUCAAUUUUGGGUCGAGAAAACCCAGGAGACUACGAAAGCAGGAAGCUUAUAUUUCUGGCAUUGGUUUAUUCUCUAACGGGGCUUCAAAAUGUUGUUGGGAAUGAAAAUUUCAUAUCUUUCACUUUCGUACAUACUUGCGUCACUGGUUGCCUUUUCUCAGUUACUAGUUGUAUUUGGUGCGCAAAAACAGCUGCGUUUUGGGCAAAAUGGAGAGUUUAAGAUACUGCAAGUGGCGGAUAUGCACUUUGCCGAUGGCAAGACCACGCCUUGCUUGGAUGUGUUCCCGAAUCAAACGCUUACUUGCUCUGAUCUCAACACUACUGCCUUUGUGGAGCGCAUGAUUCGAGCCGAGAAGCCUGAUUUAAUCGUUUUCACUGGGGAUAAUAUCUUUGGUUUUGAUGCUACGGACGCAGCAAAAUCACUAAAUGCUGCAUUUGCACCUGCAAUUUCAUCGAACAUUCCAUGGGCGGCUAUUUUAGGGAAUCAUGAUCAAGAAUCGACUCUUUCAAGGGAAGGGGUUAUGAAUCACAUCGUUGGCCUUAAAAAUACUCUUUCUAAAGUUAAUCCAUCAGAAGUACACGUUAUUGAUGGUUUUGGAAACUACAAUUUGGAGGUUAAUGGGGUUAAAGGUUCAAGAUUUGAAAACAAAUCAGUUCUCAAUCUUUACUUUCUUGAUAGUGGAGACUAUUCCACAGUUCCAUCAAUUCCUGGCUAUGGCUGGAUCAAACCCUCUCAGCAAUUUUGGUUCCAACGCACUUCUCAAAGGCUUCGGAGAGCCUACAUGGGGAAGCCAGAGCCCCAGAAAGGGCCUGCACCAGGGCUUGUGUACUUUCACAUUCCAUUGCCUGAAUUUGCAAGUUUUGAUUCCACAAACUUCACUGGAGUGAGACAAGAAGGAAUAAGUUCUGCUACUGUGAACUCUGGUUUCUUUACUGCUAUGGUGGAAACAGGGGAUGUGAAGGCUGUUUUCACAGGACAUGAUCAUUUGAAUGAUUUUUGUGGUCAACUGACUGGUAUAAACCUUUGUUAUGCCGGUGGGUUUGGAUACCAUGCCUAUGGGAAGGCUGGAUGGUCAAGAAGGGCAAGGUUGGUUGUAGCAUCUUUGGAGAAGUCAGAGAAAGGAGAUUGGGGAGCUGUUAAGUCAAUCAAAACAUGGAAGCGCCUUGAUGAUCAUAGCUUCACUGCUAUUGAUGGCCAAGCCCUCUGGAGCAAAAGCCCCGUAGGAGCUCGUAGAAGGAAACGGAUUGGCGGUGUUUGAGCAAUGUAACUUGACCAGAAGACUGUCACUGCGCUGGUAGCCAAGAACUUGAAUGGAGGGAAGCGUAUAUUUUAGAUCAUGGUAGCCAUUAGCCAAGAAUGUUGUGUAUCAUUAUUUACAGAUUGAGAUACGUAUCCCGGAAAAUAAAUUACAACAGGGAAAGUAAUUUAGCAGACAAAUGGAUUGUUAUGUUUACAGAAAGAUGAAAGAUUUUUCCAAAAAAAUCUAUGUAAUGGAUAUGAUUGGUAGGUGCAAUUUUUAGAUUUGAUUUAAGUUUCUCGUUUUGUAUGAUAAAAUAAGGAUAAAUAUUGUAUGGACCAUAAUCUCUCA